UGCAUCAGCCGCAACAUCAACAAAAAAAUUGCACACGUUGGUCGUCGGCUUCUGUGUCGAGGAUUUUUGGAAAAAGUCUUCCUGGAUUUUCACUGCAGAGUAAGAUUAUUCUCACGGGAACAAUGUCUCUCGAGAUUCAGAUGGAGUUCAGGCGGUUAGGAAAUGUGGAACGCGAAAUCCGUCAACUCCAGGACGCCAUCAACGAUGCCCGGAACAACGUCGGCCUCGAAGAGGGCAACCCGGAACUGGAGAAGCUGCAGGUAGAAAACAUGAAGCUAAAGCACCGCUUGUCCAUCCUGAACCGGGCCAUCGCUGCGGAAUCAGGUAGUUCCAAGCCCUCCGCCAACUCCUCCAUCCUGGACCACCUGAACGACAUCUUCACGCAAGCCAUCGCGACGGCCUUCCCCCAGGUCUGCGCGGACGUUCCGACCGUCAUUACGGUGUCGGGCGUGCCCAAGUUUGGCGACUAUCAGUGCAACAACGCGAUGCAGAUCGUGCAAAAGCUGAAGGCGCUGGACGUGAAGACAAACCCGCGGGAUGUCGCUGUUAAGAUCAUGGAAGCGGUGCCGCGAUCGCCGAUGAUCAGCAAGGUCGAGGUGGCGGGAGCUGGGUUUGUGAACGUGUUUCUGGACAAGACGUUUGGAGCGGAGGCGAUCAUGUCGAUCCUGAAGGACGGAGUGAAGCCGCCGGUGUUUGCGCGGAAACGGGUCAUCGUGGACUUUUCCUCGCCGAACAUUGCCAAGGAGAUGCACGUGGGGCAUUUGCGAUCGACGAUCAUCGGCGAUUCGAUUUGUCGCUUUUUGGAGUUUUUGGGCCACGACGUGCUACGGUUGAACCACGUGGGCGAUUGGGGAACUCAGUUCGGGAUGUUGAUUGCGCACUUGCAGGACCGGUUCCCGGAUUAUCUGAAGGUUUCUCCGCCGAUCGGCGACUUGCAGGCAUUCUACAAGGAGAGCAAGACCCGAUUCGAUAGCGACGAAGAGUUCAAGAAGCGGGCGUACGCUUGCGUGGUAAAAUUACAGGGUGGUGACUCCGAUUCGUUGAAGGGCUGGAAGCUGAUCUGCGACGUGUCGAGGAAAGAGUUCCAGAAGGUGUACGACCGGUUGGACGUCAAGUUGAUCGAGCGAGGAGAGUCAUUCUACCAGAAGCGCAUGGAAAGCAUCGUGAAAGACCUGGCCAAACAGCAGUUCCUGGAGGAGGAUGAUGGUCGCAAGAUCAUGUGGGGCGAAAAUAAGGACGGAAUUCCGCUGACGAUCAUCAAAUCGGACGGUGGCUUCACGUACGACACGUCGGACAUGGCCGCGAUCAAGCAACGCUUGCACGAGGAAAAGGGCGAAUGGUUGGUGUACGUUACGGACGCUGGCCAGGCCACGCACUUUUACACGAUCUUCUCGUGCGCUCGUCGUGCGAAGAUCCUAGAUCCGGCCGUGCAUCGCGUUGACCACGUUGGAUUCGGAGUGGUGCUCGGUGAGGACGGAAAGAAAUUCAAAACCCGAUCCGGCGAUACGGUCAAGUUGACGGAGCUGUUGGAUGAGGGAUUGAAGCGGUCGUUGGACAAGCUGCUGGAGAAGGAACGCGACAAGGUGUUGACCCCGGAGGAGCUGAAGGCCGCCCAGGAGUCGGUCGCGUACGGUUGUAUCAAGUAUGCGGACUUGUCGCACAACCGGAACAACGAGUACAUUUUCUCGUUUGAUAAGAUGCUUGAGGACAAGGGCAACACGGCCGUCUACCUGCUGUACGCGUACACCCGCAUCCGGUCGAUCGCCCGAAACUGCGGCGGCGACUUUGCCAACGACAUCGACAAGGUUAUCGCGAGCACGCAACUCUCGCUCGACCACGAGAAGGAAUGGAAGCUGGCCAAGGUUCUGCUCAAGUUUACCGACGUGAUGAAGCUGAUUUCGAAGAACCUUUGCCUGCACCAUCUGUGCGAGUUUGUGUACGACGUCAGCACGACCUUUACGGAGUUCUACGACAGCUGCUACUGCAUCGAGAAGAACAAGCAGGGCGAAAUUGUGAAGAUCAACGCCGGUCGAGUGUUGCUGUGCGAAGCCACGUCCAGGGUUCUUGGCAAGUGCUUCGACAUUUUGGGAUUGAAGCCGCUGCACAAGAUUUAAACGGAGGAAUUUGGAUUGAAAUAAAGUCUUUGUUGUUUCUUUUUGUUUGCGCUGGAAAUUCUUUCCUGUAUUCAGACAACAUAAAA